GAAAGAUGGCAGGCGUGCAGCCGCCACCCCUCCGGAGCCUGGAUGAUUUUCUCCUGAGCUCGGCCCGGUUCUCCGCGCCCGAUGUGCGCGACCUGGACCGCUGGAACAACCGCAUCAUCAACAACCUGCUGUACUACCAGAGCAACUACCUGGUGUCUGCGCUGGGCCUCCUGCUCGUGGUGGGGUAUUGCCAGCCCUACCAGUUGCUCGUGGGGGCGACGGUGGUCACCUUGUUGUUCCUGGGCUUCGUCUGGGUCGCCGAGAACCAAGCUCCCAUUCGCCGUUUCCGUAGAAACCACCCUACGAUCGCCGUGUUGGCGAUUCUCUCGGCCAGUUACCUCUUUGUGUCGGUGCUGGGAGGUGUGGCCGUGUUCCUGUUUGGGAUUGCCUUCCCUAUACUGAUGGUUCUGGUCCAUGCGUCGGUGAGGCUGCGCAGCCUGAAGAACAAGCUGGAGAACAAACUGGAGAGCAUCGGUCUGAAGAGGACACCCAUGGGACUCCUGUUGGAGGCCCUGGGACAGGAACAGGAGGCUGGAUCCUAGAGGGGGAAGAGGAAGAUGAGAUGUGCAGGGGGAGGGGAGGGGAGGGGGGCAUCUGAAAGAAAUGGAUGUGAGGUUGGUGGAGAAAGGGACAUAGGAGAAGGAGUAAAGAGGAAGAAAAGAAGUAAAAAGAGAGUCAGGAACAAAUGAAGUAAGCGGACGCUUGGGGAAAGGACAGAUGAAAAGGUUAGAACUCAUCAUAACAAACAAAAUGAUGGAAUCCUCCCCGAUAUGCUUUUGCACUAAAAGCACACAUUGUGGUGUUUCAUUUGUUUAGACAUGAUACAUUUCUGUGUUGACUGUAAGUGUGCAGUGUCGUAGCCGUAUGGGCAUAUUCCCAUUGAACCUUUGAGUGUCGACACAUUGACGUGCUCUUUUCUUGUCAUCCUCAAACUCUAAUCUAAACGAUCUGCGCUCCGUCUCAACGCCUGUGGACCUGUGACGUUGGUAGCGUCACGCGAGGGAAAAGUCAACAGAUUUCGACAAUAGUUAUAAUUUAACAUUAAAAGGUUCAAUGUCAUGAAAUAAAAGUUAAAUGAGAGGGUCUCCAGCCGGUGCUUCAAAACACAUCCAGUUAUGGACUCACAGGUUAUGAUUCAUUAUCCUUCCAAUAAGCACGUUAAUGCAUUAAGUGCUUAUUGAUAAGAAAACCUGGAAGUUAAGGCCAUCCACAUCUCUCAUUCUGACACCAGCUGACUGGCCUGUUUACUGCCACAGUUAAAAUAUAAUUUUAUUACUUUGUUCUUGAAACAGUAUUACUUAAUUAUUCUAAUCUUACAACUUUUCUCCUUUAAGAAGUACAAUUGUAUUCUGACUUCAUCUUCAACAGUUUAUUUUAUGGAAAAUUACAAUACAUUUUAUGUAUCAACUAUUUCCUCAACACAUGAUGAUAUUCCUGUUUUAUGUAGAAAAACUACUCGAUUCUUGACAUUUUUCACCUUUUUCUCAGAAUAUUACAACCCUACAAUAUUUGUUUCCCCCAUGAAUUAGAACUUUAUUUUCAUAAUUUUACAGCACUUUUCUCAAAAGAAAUUGUUUUAAUCUCUGACCCCCCCCCCUCCAGUGGCUUGAAUACACAGUGGCCUGAUGUCCUCCUCCAUAUGUUCUUCCUGCUGCGUGACCCCCACCAGGGUCUCCAUACACCUCCUGUGGACAGCAGGAGACCCAAAGUAUUGGUCCUGUGCUAUAGGGUGUGGUCGUUGUAGUAGUAGCAGCACUGAUUGGCCUUUUCAUUCUCUCACCAUUGCACGUGUGAUGAGAAACAGAAUAUCAUUCAUGUGGAAGCACAGUGGAACAUGAAAAUAUUCAGCAUGCAAUAUGCUCAUACUUUAAAUACGGAACAAAACAACAAGUAAAACCCAAGUAUCUGACAGGUCCAUUAUGAGCACAGACCACUGUACUUCCAGCUGUAGAUUUCAGUCAUCCAAUGACAGUCACAUUCAGCAGAGCAGACGGAGGCGAUACAGUCUUGUGGUAUUACGUAACUCGACCCACUGACUUCAAAUGAAUUCCUUUUUUCAUUUAGUGUUGACUAAUUCCGUGCUGCAUUGAAGAGUUACUUAGAUAAGAUGCAGUUAAAUGGGAGAUCUGAAGAAGAAAACGAAGCGGCUCCUUCAAUCUCAGACUCUUUGUCGAGUGUAACAGAGUGGAUAAACACAUGAGUCAUUUCAGUGUUGAACAGCCCUCCACUGCUGCUCUCCCAAGUGCUGGCAGCUGGGAGAAGCUCUACUGGAGCAAAUGAAUGACUUUGAACUUCCCCUUAAUUCCUUUUAUAACUUAAAUCCUUGUUACCAUGGACAACCACUCACCAAGUUUGUUGCCUCCACUUGUGGUAGCUGCAGUUGUCUCUUUGUCAUUUACUCCCGGUUUUUAGCCAUGCUAGCGAUGUUGGUCAAUCAUUCCACCACUUGGGUCCAAACUGAAAUGUCUCCACCAAUGCUGGAUGGAGUGGAGUUUGGUUCCAGACGUUGGUGGUGCCCAGAGGAAGAGGCCACCUGACACAGCUGAUCCGUGAAAUCACAGCUUUCUGAUUAUCCAAUGAAAUAUUUCAACAUCUAAUCAGGCCAUGCUUUAUGAAUAUACUAAGAUGGUGAACAUGCUGAACAAUGUAGCUAACUAAUGAUCAGCACGUUAGCGUUGUCAUUGCAAGCAUAUUAGCGAUCUGACAUUAGCAUUUAGCUCACAACCCUGUUCCCCAGAAUAAAGCUUCAUACAGCCUCACAGCGCCUGCUAGCAUGGCUGAAGACUUUUAAUCUUGUUAUUUAUUCAUUAUUAUUUAUCUAUAUUGAAGAGUGACUAAAGAGUCCAUAAUUGUCAUCACCUAAGUCAGUACAAUGGUUGGUUCCUUGCUCUGUAGACAUGAUGUAGGACAGCUGUACUCUGAAGGAAGACAUGUUUUAAAGACAACCUUGUUUUUUAAGCUAACGAACAUUUAGAAGGAACUGCUAUUUAAAAAGUGUUUGUCGGCAGUUUUAUCGCUAAUAAUUUUGUAGCCUCGACGAAAAGCUGAGUGAAGGUAUUUGACUAAGUGUAUGCUACAGCUGCCUGUUGUGAGGACUAUGCAUUGUGUUGCUUUGGUUGAACCAAACAUGAAGACGAGAAGUGUUCUAUACACCUCUGCAUUCCUGUAUUCCUUCUCUAUUAUUUUCAUUCAUCGGCCGAUUUAACAUACAGAUUCUUUGCCGUUUCGUCCAAGUUUGUGAAAUUGACUAAACAUAACAUGAGCAAAGGAUUUAUUAAGAUGCAGAAGAUGCCAGCUUUUGUUUUUAUGUAUAUGUAUUUUUUGAUAAUUAAGUAUAUUGCUGACAAUUGAAAGUUGGUUAGCCUCAGUGCCCUGCAGAAACAAAUAUUGCUAUGUAUGCCAUUGCAGUUUUCAUAUUUGUCCUGUACAGUUAUGUUUUAGACAUUUAGCUGACGGACUCAUCCAGAGCGAAGCAGGCAACAUGGCUGUUCUGGGGCUUGAACACGUGACCCCACUGUUGAUUGGCUCUCUAGCCGCUAUCUGCAGUUUGUCUUGGCACAGCAUCACAAACAAUUCAGGAAACACACCUAAAUCUGAGCAGAAAUAAUUGCUGUAUGGUCGACUUUGUAACUCACAAGGAUUCGCUGUUUUACUACAACGUACGUAAGGGAACGUUUCUGUGUACUUUUAACUGGGUUUACAGCUAAUGAUUCUAAAUGUUCCGUGUUGCCUUCCAUUCAGCUAAAUGUUUGAAUUUUGAAUCUCCAACUCCAUGUAUUUGACUGUUUUGCCAAAAGCUGAUGACAUGUAUUUAAAACGUUUUUUUCUAAAUAAAACAAGAAUGCUGUA